GUAUAUGGAAAAUACUUGGGAUCGCUAUCGAUGAUUAAUGUACUUCUUGAGAGCAAUAUAGAUAGAUCUCGAAUAGUUUAUGUGGAAACUCAAGCCAAAGAAAACAUCCCAUUUAUUACUAAUAAGUUUAUUUUAAGUGCUGUUUAUAACGAACUGAAUAAACAAGGCAUACGUAUUUAUAAAAAAUGUGAAUUUGAAAAACUCACUUUAAACGGAGAUCGAACGCGCAUUCGGAAAGUGACGUUUACAGCGGCCGGCGAUGGACGACUUACUAUUGAUUGUGCUGCAUUGUUUUGGUUCGAUCAGAAAUUUGUCAGUAAAGUUAAUUGGUUUACAAUGUUACAAUCCGCGUUAAAGUUUGACGGACAUUUAGUGGUAAACACAUCAUUUGAGACCAACAUCGAAUAUGUGUACGCCGCAGGGCCUAUGGCGAGGUUCAUGCAUAAUGAUUCUGUUAUCGUACCAAAUCAUAUGUAUUAUAAUAGAUUAGAGAUCGGUGCUCGAUUGGCCAACGUGCUGAUGAAACGCUUGGGAAUUACUGAAGAUGACACAUCUAACGACGAGUACAUUCGGCCACUUUUUGUUUACUGUCAAUUACCUGGAAAAUACAAUUACAUGCAUACCGAGAUGCCCGUUUGGCGAUGCCUGAAGACUAGUUUUAGAUCAUUCAGUACCGGGAAUGUUACUGAUGGCUAUUUUGAAAUUGUUGUCAAUACUAAUGGCGAAGUACAGGCAUUGUCAUGCUAUUCAAAUAAAGAUUUUAAGUAUUUAAACCUAAUAAAUCUGUGCGGAAAACACGUGGACUUUUUCAAUGAUAUGAUUGGCCGCUUCAAAACGAAUUCCAUUCCGUGUUUCUUCGAUUAUUUCAACCAGCCUUGGUCUUAUCCCUUAUACUCGGAUAGGUUUUGGAUAUUGGAAGAAACAAAACUAAAACGGGACAAUAAGACUUUACAAUUGUCGAGAUGUCGCAAUGAUAAAAUAUACGGGGAAAAGAUCAACACAAUUUUGAUGAACUUUGUUGUCGACAAUGUGGAUGAUUUUCCGAUGUUUUCUCACACCGCUGACUGGAGGAAGACAACAGAUGAAUAUAACACGGUAUAA